UUUGUUUUUCCUUACUGACAAAGUAAUGGUUUUUCUUCUUUGGGUGUAGCUUUUGGUUUACUUUUUGAAUGUGAUGAGGUGGCCGGGAUUCCUUCUCGUUAAUUCUAGUUCUAUUUGUACCAGAUAUAACCUGAUUAAAGUCGGCCUCUGCCUCCAUAUUUUUUAAUUAUCGCCCCUAGAGAGGUAAAUAUAAAAUUUAUGUCCAUUGUUUCACAUAACCCACUAUAAAAUGAUAUGUAGCUAGCUACCAAAGAUUCAUCGUCUCGACAACUUCCUUGGACACAAUAGUCAUCUAGAAACACAUUCCAACAAAGCUUCUGUUUAUUCCAAUUUCCGAAAUGCCCAAGUCAGAUGCACAGGAGAAUCAACCCCCAGCAGGAUAUCCUACUGCGGAUCUUCCUGCUCAGAAGAAGAGCUUCUCUCGGACAAAGAAGAAAGGAGAUAGAGGCUUCAUUGAGGGAUGCCUAUUCGCGCUUUGCUGCUGUUGGCUCUGUGAAACUUGCUUCUAAACGCUGCUUUCAAGAAACAUGAAGCCUAUCUUUGGUUGAAUACU